CAAAGGCUAAGGACUUUCUCUCCUCGCUAAACAAAACGCGCGCUGGGAAGCUUCGUGGCCACGUGAUCUGUCGGUGUCAUGUGACCAGCAAAAGUGGAGCCGAUUCUUCCUGGUGAAUGGUUGAGCUAAUUUUGUAGGUGAUGCAAAAAUGACCACCCAAAAGUACAAAACUGUAGUUCAGGGAGAAGCCUCAGAGACUGAUUCAGAAGAAGAGGUUUAUCUGUCUUCUGUGCCCCAGGCUUCAUUUCCAAGCCUUUCUGGUGUCAAAGUCGCCGGGGAGGCCUCUGAAACAGAUGAAGAGGAAGAUGCAAGUCCCAGUAGGCCAAAAGCGGAGCCUAAAUUAAUCAGCACAGACUUGCCUCCACUGAUCGUUUUCAGAAAUGAAGAUCUGGGGUCUCCCACAGCAGUUGAAGAGAAACCUGCCCUUCAUAUCAGACACCGUGGCCGCUACAGCACCUUGUUGCAGCAGAAGCUGAUUGAGAGCAAUGCCCGCCUGUACUAUGAUGUCAACAGCACCGUCAAGCAAGUGUACCAGACAGCCAUCAAAGAGAUUGGGACCAUUACUGGCCAGCUUAGUAACUCCCAAAAUGGCAUAAUCAACGCCUCACACAACAUCCGGCUUGUCCUGGAGGACUUACGCGCUGUUGCAGACAAGAUAGAUAUAAUUACCAGCUGCAACCUGCUGCCUGAUAUCCAGAUAGAACUACCUCCAGUACACACUUAGCUAGUCCUCUUAACUGCUUCUUGGGGGCAACAGGUUAAGGUGGAGAGGCUACGGGGACCUUAACUAUAAGGUGCAGUAAGAAACAGGAAUAGAGCUGGCUUCUGCCUUAGAAGCAUUUGACUCAAGAACUUUGUUGCCUAGUGUUUAGUGUUUACAAGAUCUGGCCUAAAUUGUCCAAUGUAGUAGAGUUAAACAAAAUUAAACUGCUCUCCAUAGAACUUGUCCCACAAUGUAUUUUUAAAGCUAAUGCUUACUAUAUUUACACACACCAGCAUCUUAAGAGAUUCCAUUUGAUACAGUGCUUGCAGCAUUUUUGUAAUAUGCCUUCAGUGCCAGUGUUAAAUUAGCCUUGUAAAUCAUUUGUCAGAAAAUUCUAGUCUGCCUGUACACAGGUUUGUUGUUCAGUUGUGGCAUAUGAAUGGUCUGAAAGAGAGCAAAAAAAAGAACCAACUCCCAAUUUAGAAAAGCUCCCCUGUCUGUUGAGCUGCAGGCAACCGCUGUAGGUUAGUAGGCAAGCUUGUGAUGAGUGAUUAUGGAACAGGACAGGCUUGAAAUUAGUUGUAUCUUCUAUAACACGCGCUGCCCUGAACAUAGAGGGCUGGACCUUUGUGGCGUUUUGUGGGAGAGUUGUGAAUUACCUUGCAUUAAUUGCACCUGCUUAUUGUGUUUUGUUUCUACAUAUGUCUUUCUUGUACAGCUGAUCCAUGAAGUCUGUUGAGACCAAAAUUGCGUAAAGCAUAUUAUAGAGUAUCAUUGGAUGGUGCAGUUUCAAGUA